AUGUCAUCGUCAUUCUGGUCAUCUUCACAUUGUUUACAUUGGCUGACUACAAGACCUUCCUUGUUGACAUCUCGUCAAGUAGAUUUACAGUAUUGUACACCACGUCAACUGUAUUGCUUGUAUAUCUACUUCAUUCAACUAAUACAAAAACUGGGCAAGAGACUAUUACUUCGUCAAAUACCAAUAGCAACAGCAUGUGUCUUCUUCAAGCGAUUUUAUCUGAAGAACAGUAUAUGUGAAACGAAUCCUUAUUUGGUAUUGGCAGCGUGCGUUUUCGUAGCUGCCAAGGUUGAAGAAACUCCUGUUCACAUAAAAAGUGUUGUCAGUGAAGCUAAAGUGGUAUUUAACGAAUAUCACAUCAAGAUAUUUCCUGCAGAAGCUAAUAAACUUGGUGAAAUGGAAUUUUACCUUCUCGAGGAUCUAGAUUUUCAUUUAGUGAUAUUUCAUCCUUAUAGAGCAUUACUUCAUAUAACAGGAAGAGAACCUGCCGAUGCAGGGAAAUUCCCUUUGAGUAGGGUAGAUGAGGAUCAAGCGACAAAAAAGAAAGAGAAUGACCAUAGGAAGCGAAAAGACGAAGAAGCUAGAAAGGCCGGAUUAGGCUUGAAUAAUAGAUCUUCUUCAACUGGAUCUGUCGUUGGAGUCGGAAAUACCACAGAUAAGGCAAAAGUUAAAGAGGAAGAGGAAGAAGGUGAAUAUGAAGCUAAAAGAAUUAGAAGAUUGAUGGGUAGAGGUAGUGGUGAAGGUAUAGGCGAAGUCGAUGAAGGUGUUUUACAGAUUUCUUGGUUCAUUCUCAACGACACUUAUCGAACUGAUGUUCACUUACUUUAUCCACCAUAUGUCAUCGCUUUAUCAGCAGUGUACAUUGCAUUUUGUUUGACUUCGAUGAAUUCUUCUGCUCGUACAAGAACUUCUUCAUCUCAAUUACACAAUAUAUCAUCAUCAACAAAUUCAAAUGAACUGUUAGGAUUACCUUCACCACCUUCUUCGGCGUCAGAAUUUUUAGCUGGAUUUCAAGUUUCUUUACCUACCUUAUUCGCGUGUGUUCAAGAUAUAGUCUGUCUAUAUAAUAUUUGGGAAAGCUUCGAACCUUCCUCGAUGAGACAAUCUUCAUCACAAUCACAAUCCCAGUCUCAAGCGCAAGCUCAAUCCCAAGCACAGGGUCACGCAAAAAUACUGGCAAACGCAUCAUCUGAUCAACCUGAUAAGAAAGAAAAAUUUGGUUCAGCAGAAGCCGAACAGCUAGUGCGGAAGAUGAUCGAAUCAAGAAUGGUCGAUAUGGGUCAUCCAAAUAACGCUGGGGUCAAUCAGACUUCAAAAAGAGCAAAUCCCAUAUCGACAUAUGAGAGUGCAUUGGUGGUAGGAAGGAAAAGAGUCAGGAAAUAA